CCAGGUCGUGGUGGCCGGCUGCAGCACGUCCAGGCCGCGGAUGAGCGACGUGGCGGCCAUCCGCCGUGCCCCGAGCCGAUUAAGACCACCCCGUCACCAGGGACAAACCCUAGGCCACCCAUUCUUCAUCCCUCGCUCGUCCCCUUCGGUUUCUUCGUCACCCGAGCGGGACGUCGCCGCGCCAUCGUCGAUCCCGCGGCCACCGGCCUCUCCUCGUUGCGCCAAGAUGUCCAAGAGCUCCGGCAUCGUCGACUCCUUCGCCUACCUCCACUGGUUCAAGCUAGGAGGCACCGUACGCUCGGCAUCGAGCCGAUUUCCUGACACGGCCGUCGCCCCUCAACGUCAAGCUCGUCGCGUCCGGUCGUCCCUGCAAACCUCGUCUACGAGCUUUACAAAAAUGAUGAAGAGAUUUUUAAGGGGCUAUUCGAGCCGAAGCUCAAAGGAUAAGCAAAGUGAAGAGGAUAAAAAGCCAAAUAUAAUCUUCCUCGCACCGCGGAGGUUCAGCCGUGUGAAUGGCCUUGUGAUGAGUUCUUGAGAGCAGCCGGGAUUCAUGAUGAUUUUUAUUAUUUGGCUGAGAAUGCAGGCCUCACCGACUUUCUCCACGACCAGCUCGAUCAGUAACUCCUACUUAGUAAUGUUUUUGUGCAAAUUUUUUACUUUCAUAAUAGGAAAUCACCACUUUCAGUGGAGUUUCAUUUAUAUGAUGAGGUUAAGGAGAUGUCACUAUAUGAAUUUUGUGGGGUUUGCAAGAUACCCUUUGUGGGCAGCAUAGAGGAACCACAUCGUAGUGAUGUGGAUGGAUUUAUUAAUAUGAUCGCUGUAGGGGAGGCGAGGAAGGUUUCCGAUGCAAGAAUUACUAGCAUACACUUUUCUGUUCUAUGUUACUUUGUAAUAUUUGUUAGUAGAUGUUUAAUUAGUCGCGGGUACAGUGGAAAUCUUAGUGCCCCUGAUAUUGAU